AUGGUGUUCGGAAGUCCAUUUUCUGAACAUUACCCAGCAAGAAUUUGGGCAUCCUUGCGUAAAAGUAGGAAAGGAAAAGAUUGCCUUUCUUCACUCUUUCACUUUGUAAACUCGACAAGGAUUUACGAUCAUGUUUUGAAGCAUAGCAAACGAUAUUGGAUCUUCACAGUCUUCGGGGGCUUCGCAUCAUGUUAUACAAUUAGCAACCUUUGCGAUAACGUCUGGAAACGGGCCAACAAGGGGAAACUAUAUAUUGAUCUACCAUACCAAUCACCUGAGGAAGACUAG